AUAGAGCGAAGGAAAGAAAGAGCGGCCGAAAGACGUACGGGGCGCUCUUUGGGCCAAACGUCUCCCCUUCGCGCUUUCUCCUUCUCCUCCUCCAGCGCUGGGCAGAAGGAGAGAGGCAGCGAUGCCUCGCUUUGCCCAGCUAGUGAUGGGCCCCGCAGGGAGCGGAAAGAGCACAUACUGCUCCACAAUGGUCCAGCACUGUGAAGCACUAAAUCGCUCAGUCCAAGUGGUUAACCUUGAUCCGGCAGCAGAGCACUUUGACUACAAUGUCAUGGCAGAUAUCCGAGAGUUAAUUGAAGUGGAUGAUGUGAUGGAAGACGAUUCACUAAGGUUUGGCCCCAAUGGUGGCUUGGUCUUUUGCAUGGAAUAUUUCACCAGUAACUUUGACUGGCUGGAGGAAUGUCUUGGGCAUGUCGAAGACGAUUAUAUCCUUUUCGAUUGCCCAGGUCAGAUUGAACUCUAUACCCAUUUACCAGUGAUGAAGCAGUUUGUAGAGCAGCUGCAGCAGUGGGAGUUCCGAGUCUGUGGUGUCUUCCUUGUUGAUUCCCAGUUUAUGGUGGAAUCCUUUAAGUUUAUCUCUGGUGCCAUGGCAGCCCUGAGCGCAAUGAUAUCCUUGGAGAUUCCCCAAGUCAAUGUCAUGACAAAGAUGGACUUGCUGAGCAAGAAAGCGAAAGCAGAAAUUGAAAAGUACCUGGACCCUGACAUGUAUUCCACACUAGAAGAUUCUACAGGUUUGCUGAAAAGCAAACAGUUUAAGAAGCUGACUAAAGCUAUCUGUGGUUUGAUCGACGACUACAGCAUGGUUCGAUUCUUGCCUUUUGACCGCUCUGAUGAAGAGAGCAUUAAUAUUGUGCUGCAACACAUAGAUUUUGCCAUUCAAUACGGGGAAGAUCUGGAGUUCAAGGAGCCAAAGGAAACCGAGGAAAAUAAAUCAUCUGCUUUUGAUGAAUAUUUCCAAGAGCGAGUGGAUGAAUGACCAGAUCAGGAUCAACUUUGUAAAAAGAAAUCCAGAGUCUAUGCGUUGUAUUUUAAAAUGCAGAACAUGCUACAGAAGUCUCCAACAGAAUCUGCAGAAUGGACUUUCCCCCCACAAAGAAUUUAAUGUACAUAAAUGAAUAAUGACACUGAGAAAUAAAUUAUUGAGUUAUUUCUUUAC